CUUCCUCCACGUCCGAGGGCCGCCAUCUUUUUUGAGGCGGGAGGAGAGCCACAUGUAGGCGCAGCCGAGGCUCAACGAGAUGCUGGCUCUGGCUGGGCUUUGUUUCUCUUGCCAUCCCUGUGGGGUCCGGGUAGCACAAUCCCCCGGGGCUCCUCCUCUGUGUGCCUUUCCGGAAUGAGGCCUCAGCGCCCCCAAGGGACGACCCCCUGCUUCCUCCGACGACGACGCGCUUGUUUGUUUCUGCAGGAGCCGGAGGGGAGGCCGAAGCCCAGACGAUGCCCGGGAAGCUGAAGGUGAAAAUCGUGGCCGGGCGCCAUUUGCCGGUGAUGGACCGUGCUAGUGACCUGACUGAUGCCUUCGUGGAGGUAAAGUUUGGUAACACUACCUUUAAAACAGAUGUGUACCUCAAGUCACUCAACCCUCAGUGGAAUUCAGAAUGGUUUAAAUUUGAGGUGGAUGAUGAAGAUUUACAAGAUGAACCUCUGCAGAUCACGGUCCUGGACCAUGAUACUUACAGUGCAAAUGAUGCCAUCGGUAAAGUGUACAUUGAUAUUGAUCCUCUACUGUAUAGUGAAGCUGCUACAGUCAUCUCAGGAUGGUUUCCAAUUUAUGAUACCAUACAUGGUAUCCGUGGAGAAAUCAAUGUGAUCGUCAAAGUAGACCUCUUCAAUGAUUUAAAUAGGUUUAGACAGUCGUCAUGUGGAGUCAAAUUCUUUUGCACAACAUCUAUUCCCAAGUGCUACAGAGCUGUAAUAAUUCAUGGAUUCGUAGAAGAACUAGUGGUCAACGAAGACCCAGAAUAUCAGUGGAUUGAUCGCAUUCGUACACCACGGGCAUCAAAUGAGGCCAGACAGAGACUCAUUUCUUUAAUGUCAGGUGAACUGCAGAGGAAGAUUGGCUUGAAAGUACUUGAAAUGAGAGGCAAUGCAGUUGUCGGGUACUUACAGUGCUUUGAUCUGGAGGGAGAGUCUGGGUUAGUGGUACGAGCCAUAGGAACAGCGUGUACUCUGGAUAAAUUAAGUAGCCCAGCAGCCUUCCUUCCUGCAUGUAAUUCCCCAUCCAAAGAAAUGAAGGAGAUUCCCUUCAAUGAAGAUCCCAACCCCAAUACUCACUCAUCAGGACCCUCAACCCCUCUGAAAAACCAAACUUAUUCCUUUUCACCUUCCAAGUCCUACAGUCGGCAGUCCUCUUCUUCUGACACAGAUUUGAGUUUGACUCCCAAAACUGCACCUUCCCCACAGGGACCUAGGAUUUACCUGUGUCCCAGCUCCCCCCCUCUCUCUUGUGGUUCCCUUCAUCUUAAAAAGUCCUGUCUCCUCCUCUCGGACUCUAGCCUUGCCCCUCAUCAUUGUAGCCUUGGCAGCCCUGUUCUGAGGAAAAGUGUUUCUUUCAGUGAAGAGCUGUUCCUGGCAGCUUCUGGAAUGGGAAGUGGUAGUGCUGGAAAAGAAGGAGGCCCGUUUAAAGCUCUUUUAAGACAGCAGACGCAGUCAGCAUUGGAGCAAAGGGAGUUUCCGUUUUUUACUUUGACGGUAUUCCCUCCUGGCUUUCUCGUGCACGUUGGCGGUGUUGUCAGCGCACGCUCUGUGAAGCUUCUGGACCGUAUCCACAAUCCCGAUGAACCAGAAACUCGGGAUGCAUGGUGGGCAGAAAUCAGACAAGAAAUAAAAUCACAUGCUAAAGCACUAGGCUGCCAUGCUGUGGUGGGCUACAGUGAGUCAACCAGCAUCUGUGAAGAAGUCUGUAUUUUAUCAGCAUCUGGCACAGCAGCUGUACUGAAUCCUCGAUUUCUACAGGAUGGCACCGUGGAGGGCUGUUUGGAACAGAGGCUUGAAGAGAACUUGCCUGUGGGCUGUGGAUUUUGCCACAUACCGUAUGAUGAACUGAACAUGCCAUUCCCAGCUCAUCUCACGUACUGCUAUAACUGCAGGAAACAAAAAGUUCCUGAUGUUCUCUUUACAACUAUAGACCUUCCCACAGAUGCAAUGGUCAUUGGAAAAGGCUGUCUUAUUCAAGCGAGGUUAUGUCGCUUAAAAAAGAAAGCACAAGCAGAAGCAAAUGCUACGGCUAUCAGUAAUCUCCUGCCUUUUAUGGAAUAUGAAGUUCAUACUCAGCUAAUGAAUAAGCUAAAACUCAAAGGGAUGAAUGCUUUGUUUGGACUAAGAAUUCAGAUCACAGUGGGUGAAAAUAUGUUGAUGGGCCUUGCAUCUGCCACGGGAGUGUACUUAGCAGCCUUGCCAGCACCUGGGGGCAUUCAGAUUGCUGGAAAGACACCAAAUGACGGCUCGUAUGAGCAGCAUAUCUCCCAUAUGCAGAAGAAGAUAAAUGACACGAUUGCUAAGAACAGAGAGUUAUAUGAAAUCAAUCCUCCGGAGAUAUCUGAAGAGGUUAUUGGAUCACCCAUCCCAGAACCCAGACAGCGCUCAAGACUUCUGAGAUCUCAGUCAGAAAGCUCUGACGAAGUUACAGAAUUGGAUCUUUCCCAUGGAAAAAAAGAUGCUUUUGUUUUGGAGAUUGAUGACACGGAUGCCCUGGAAGAUGUCCAUUCUCUGCUUACUGAUGUUCCUCCUCCUCCAGGUUUUUAUAGUUGUAAUACAGAAAUUAUGCCUGGUAUAAAUAACUGGACAUCAGAAAUACAGAUGUUCACGUCGGUGAGAGUAAUCAGGUUAAGCAGUCUUAACCUGACUAAUCAAGCUCUCAAUAAGAAUUUUAAUGAUCUGUGUGAAAACUUGCUCAAGAGCCUAUAUUUUAAACUCCGAUCUAUGAUUCCCUGCUGCCUUUGCCAUGUAAAUUUCACUGUAUCGCUACCUGAGGAUGAAUUAAUUCAGGUUACAGUCACAGCAGUUGCAAUAACUUUUGACAAAAAUCAGGCUUUACAAACCACAAAAGCCCAUAUUGAGAAGUCUCUACAAAGAGCCUCUGCAGACACCGAAGAACUCCUGCAGUUUCCCCUGGAGCUGUGCUCAGACUCUCUUCCUUCCCAUCCUUUUCCACCAGCUAAAGAACACCUGGAGAGUGCAAGUUCUAACUCAGGUAUACCAGCUGCACAGAGAGCAACGUCAGUUGAUUACAGUUCCUUUGCAGACAGAUGCAGCAGCUGGAUAGAGCUCAUUAAACUGAAAGCUCAGACCAUAAGGCGCGGAUCAAUUAAGACAACUGUGACAGUUGAAAAAGCAAAUCCAAUGGGUGAAGGAAAUUUCCGAAAUCGCUCUGCUCCACCUUGUGCAAGUUCUACAGUUGGGGUUGUUAAGAUGACUCCUCUUUCUUUCAUUCCGGGAGCAAAAAUAACUAAAUAUCUUGGGAUAAUUAACAUGUUUUUUAUUCGAGAAACCACUUCUCUUCGUGAGGAAGGAGGUGUCAGUGGUUUUCUCCACGCCUUUAUUGCUGAAGUGUUUGCGAUGGUGCGUGCUCAUGUUGCUGCAUUAGGAGGGAAUGCUGUUGUCUCCUACAUUAUGAAGCAGUGUGUCUUCAUGGAGAAUCCAAAUAAAAACCAGGCGCAGUGUCUUAUUAAUGUAAGUGGCGACGCAGUGGUUUUUGUUCGUGAAUCUGACUUAGAAGUGGCGUCUGUUCAGCAGCCUACUGCCAACUGCCAGCCCUUGUGUGCGGGAGGAGAAGUAACAACCUGAAGAUCAGAAAGAUACCACUAAGCGAAAUUCAUCUGUUCCCUUGGUUUGUCAUUCGCUAUCUUUGUAGACAAAAAGAAUGAAUGUAAUUUGAGAUAAUUAAGACAGAAUUGCUACCUUAUGAGUAGUUCUGAUUUAUCUGGAAUCUCUUGGAAGAAUGAGAAUUUCUAAUCUUGACACUUUGUUUUGUCUAGACAGAGAGGCCCCAAAGACUCUUGCGCCUUCAGUAAGUUAAGAUAAAUGUCUAAGUAAUUAUAACAAAGAUGAAGUUAUUUGUAAUUUAUUUUGAUUUUAAUAAAAUCAUAAUUUAAAACUGAAACAAGAUUAUCAGGAAACUAGAUAGUUGCCUUGUAUAAUUUAGAAAAACUAAGCAAGAAGUACAGAUUAUUAAUGAAAAAACAGUUGAUUUGAGAAAUGUAGAGGAAAAAUGGAGAAAAUUUUUCAGAAAAUUGUUGUGUGGGUUUCUUAAUGUUUUUAUUUUGAUGAGGAUUUUGGUGAAAACUGAAAGAAGAAAGUACUUCAGUCAUUUUCUAAAAAGCAGUCACUUGAUAAAUCCUGACUACUGUAAACGAAAAGUAAUUUGUUAAAACUGGUAUCCUUUUGUUGAAACUUUUAAUAUCUCUGACGAGGGAGGGAAAAUUAUAAUAUAAUUCCAUAACUUGCCACCCUUGUGUUGGUAUUUCAUUUGUCUAGAAAAGGCUUGGCUUCGAUUGGCACGAAAGCAUCAGUGAAUUUUGUUGAAUAGUGAAAAUGCAAUUGAUCUUGUAGGAACAUAAAAUUAUUUUUUAAAAAUGAUAUUGCAUUCAUACCAAAUGAACAAAAUUUUAGUAAUAUCUUAGAGAUUUUUGAUGGCAUUAGAUUGUGUUUGGUAUAUGUUUGGAAACAUAACUUGAAGUAAAUAUGCUGCAAAAUGUUGAAUGUAUACGUAGAAUAUAUAUGUAUACUUUUUUCUUGUUAAUGCCAAAUGCCCGUUAUAAAUAAAUCUUAAAUAUUACAUUCCUCCUAGGCACAAUAAAAUUUCUUUAUAAAACUCAUGAUUUUGUUCCCCCAGAAUAAUAAAUUGCCAUAAGGCUUAAAUCAU